CAGUUUAUCCCGUAGUGGUAUAGACCGUAUAGUCUCGCUCGCAGGGUUUUAGGGUUAGGGUUUUAGCGAACACGAGCCAAAACAAAAGGAAUCGAAUCAAAUCAAAUUGUUUCCUUCACUUCAUCUCCUUCUCUCCUCCUCAAAUUCGUCAUUAGUUUUAGAUAUCGAAUCAAUUUGAUCGAUUAUUUUGCUGAGAUAUUCUCGAUUGUAGUAAAAAUUCCAUUAAUUUGAUCAUUGGAGACAGCAUAAUGAGAUGCCAUUGCAGUUAUGGUUGAGGGAAACAAGAAGAAGCCGAUUACAGCUUUUCUCCACUGCAGUUUCAGAAUCCUUUGUUCGGGACUUUGCACCACGACAUUUUGCGUUCUUGCUGAAAGAAUGCCAGUCGCCUUCCUCCAUCCGUCAAAUCCACCAGCAAAUCCUCGCCCGCGGCCUUCUCUCAUCAUCACCGUCACCACAAUCACCAUCUUCAUCAUCAUCAUUGGUAUCGUUGCCGUCAUCAUUGGGAACGAGCAUCGUAGCCUCGUACCUCGCCUGCGGCGCCCCGGUCGACGCCCUCUCGGUGCUGGAGCGGCUCUCGCCCUCCCCUGUUCUUUGGUGGAAUCUACUUAUCCGGCAAGAUAUAACGGACGGCCGCCUUGACCACUCUCUUUCCCUCCUUCGUCGCAUGCAAUUGGUGGGAACCCGGCCCGACCACUUCACUCUCCCCUUUGCCCUAAAAGCGUGCGGCGAGCUACCUUCGUAUCGCCGAGGGAGUUCACUUCACGGGAUGGUGUGCACCAACGGGUUCAAGUCAAAUGUUUUUGUGUGCAACUCCUUACUGGCCAUGUACGCGCGUUGUGGCGCUUUGGAUGAAGCCCGCAGGGUGUUCAAUGAAAUAGUAGUUGGAGGAAUUGAUGAUUUGAUCUCAUGGAAUUCAAUGGUUGCAGCAUUUGUGAAGGGUGGUAAUCCCCGGCUUGCCUUGGAAUUAUUUGCCGAUAUGGCGAGCAAAAUCCCCAAUAAGGCUUUUGAAAAUCGGCGGUCUGAUGUCAUAAGCCUCGUCAACAUACUCCCUGCUUGUGCCUCCCUUAGGGCGUAUACCCAAGCUAAGGAAAUCCAUGGUUAUGCGAUUAGAAACCUUCUAUUCUCGGACAUUUUUGUGGGGAACGCUAUCAUUGAUGUGUAUGCGAAGUGUGGGGUGAUGGAGGGUGCUUGCAAGGUUUUCAACACCAUGGAGGUUAAAGAUGUGGUUUCUUGGAACGCUAUGGUCACUGGGUAUUCGCAAAAUGGUAAUUUCGAUGAUGCCCUCGAGCUAUUUGAGAAAAUGCGCGAGGAUAAUAUAGCAUUAAACGUCGUGACAUGGAGUGCCAUGAUCGCGGGCUAUGCGCAGAGGGGGCAUGGCCGUGAGGCGUUAGGGGUAUUUCGCCAGAUGCAGUUGUCGGGAUCAGAACCAAAUGCUGUCACCAUCAUCUCGCUUUUAUCUGCUUGUGCUUCAGUGGGAACACUGAUUCAAGGCAUGGAAACACACGCCUAUUCGCUUAGGAAAUACAUGAUGACAUGGGAUGAUGACGCUAGGGAUGGUGAGGACCUCAUGGUGCAAAAUGCACUCAUAGACAUGUAUUCCAAAUGCCGAAGAUUUUCAAUGGCCCGCUCUCUAUUCGACACGAUAUCUCGUAAUGAUCGGAAUGUCGUGACUUGGACCGUGAUGAUUGGUGGGUAUGCUCAACACGGGGACGCCAAUGCUGCCCUCGCGCUUUUCUCACAGAUGAUUUCACGGCCUUCUGCUGUUAGCCCUAAUGCAUUUACAAUUUCCUGCAUUUUAAUGGCUUGUGCUCGGUUAUCGGCUCUCCGUUUCGGCAAGCAGAUACAUGGCUAUGUGAUACGGCAAAGGUACGAGCCUGCGAUGCUCUUUGUAGCAAAUUGCCUUAUCGACAUGUAUGCAAAGUGUGCUGAUAUUGAAUCUGCUCGCAAUGUGUUUGAUAAUAUGCCACAAAGGAAUGCUGUUUCGUGGACUUCUUUAAUGACAGGGUAUGGGAUGCAUGGUUGUGGCAACGAUGCCCUAAGUGUCUUUGAUGCGAUGCAGAGGGCGGGGCUAGUGCCUGAUGACAUCGCCUUUCUUGUCGUGCUCUAUGCUUGCAGUCAUUCAGGGAUGGUCGAAAGGGGACUGAACUAUUUUCACGACAUGUCUACGGUUUAUGGGGUCAUGCCAGGUGCAGAGCAUUAUGCUUGUGUCAUCGAUCUAUUGGGCAGGGCGGGGCAACUGGACAAAGCUUGGGAGACGAUAAAAACAAUGCCGAUGAAGCCCACCGCAGUUGUUUGGGUUGCUUUACUUAGUGCUUGUAGAAUCCACGCGAAUGUCGAGCUCGCUGAAUAUUCUACAAAGAAGCUCUUAGAGAUGGAGUCGGAAAAUGACGGGUCUUAUACAUUACUUUCAAAUAUUUACGCUAAUGCUGGGCGGUGGAAAGAUGUUGCCAGAAUUAGAUCCAUAAUGAAAAAUUCGGGAAUCAAGAAGCGGCCUGGGUGCAGUUGGGUUCAGGGGAAGAAGGGCACAGCUACGUUCUCUGUCGGAGACAGAUCACACCCGCAAUCUAAUGAGAUAUAUGCUCUUCUUGGAACCCUAAUUGAGCGGAUCAAAUCAAUUGGGUAUGUUCCCCAAAUGCACUUUGCCUUGCACGACGUCGAUGACGAAGAAAAGAGUUGCCUUCUCUCCGAGCACAGCGAGAAGCUUGCCCUCGCAUAUGGUAUACUCACCUCUUCGCCAGGUACUCCGAUUAGGAUCACUAAGAACUUACGGGUUUGUGGUGAUUGCCAUAGCGCAUUUGUUUAUAUCUCGAAGAUCGUCGAGCAUGAGAUCAUAUUGAGAGAUUCUAGCCGGUUUCAUCACUUCAAGAAGGGUUCUUGCUCUUGUGGCGACUACUGGUGAUGGCUUCUAAGAAAUUUUGGUUAGUAGGUGCAGAACUUGUUUCAAAUUUGAAUUGAUUAAAUUUAUAGUUAUUUAUUCUAAAGUUGAAACAGUUUGCGAUAACUGACUGUAGAUACAAUUCAUGUUGUAGUUGUAUAAACGGGUCGGUUAUUAUAGAACAGUUCCUAAUUCACUUGUCCGUAUUUUCUUUCACCUUGAAUGUUCCUUUGUUAUCUCUGUUACCUUUUCCUUCCAUUAUAUUCAAACUGGUUGACAAAUCAUCGCCUUUUGUUUUAA